CAGCGCAGUACGCUCAGGGUGACAACUGCAGCAGCCCAGCACAGCUUGCUCACAUGGAAGUGAGAACAUGCACCUCUAAUGACUUCAACACGCCGUAUUUUGUCUAGUCUGACUGGGGAAAAGUCAGCAAGAUCACUUUCUUUCCUCCGUUGAGGUACACCGUGCGUCAGAGGAUCCUUUUCUUUUUCUCUUUUUUUCACCCAGCUUGUUUGUCUUUUUUUUACCCUCACGCCUUUCACAGUCAACUGCUCAGUUUGUGACUUUUUUCUUCCCAACCAAAGCACCGCUGAUUCCCAGGUCUACCUGCAGGUCUAGCACCCAUGAAUUCAGAUAAAAAUGUGUACCUCGGCAAAGACAAAGGCAUCAUGCGGAAGAGAGCCCUGCUCCUUCGAAAGGGUUGCAGCUUCGAGAUAACCAGCUCUGCCUCAGAGGACUUGGGCUGCAGGCGUGGAGACUUCAGCAGGAAGCACUAUGGUUCAGUCGAGCUGCUGAUUUCCAGUGAUGCAGAUGGGGCCAUUCAGAGGGCAGGACGCUUCAGGGUGGAGAAUGGUUCAUCAGAUGAGACUUUGGACUACACUCCGGGAACCUGGAGGAGAACGGAUGUCCAUCUGGAAAAUCCAGAGUACCACACCAGAUGGUUCUUUAAAUACUUCUUGGGAAAAGUCCACCAGAACUAUGUAGGUACAGAUGCAGAGAAGAACCCUUUCUACUUGUCAGUUGUCCUCUCAGACCAGAACAACCAGCGGGUUCCCCAGUACAGAGCCAUCCUCUGGAGGAAGACGGGUACUCUGAAGAUCAGCCUCCCUUACAGCCCAACCAAAACACUAUCAGUGAAGUCCAUUCUCAGUGCAAUGAACAUGGACAGGUUUGAGAAAGGCCCCAGGGAGAUCCUCAACCCUGAGAUUCAGAAGGAUCUGCUGGUGUUGGAAGAACAGGAGGGUUCUGUCAACUUUAAAUUUGGUGUACUAUAUGCCAAAGAUGGACAACUCACAGAUGACGAGAUGUUUAGCAAUGAGAUGGGGAGUGAGAGCUUUGAUAAGUUUCUCAAUCUACUGGGUGAUACUGUUACACUGCAGGGAUGGGCCGGUUACCGGGGGGGUCUAGACACCAAGAAUGACACUACAGGAAUUAAGUCCAUCUAUACAGUCUAUCAAGGCCAUGAGCUCAUGUUCCAUGUGUCCACAAUGUUACCCUACUCCAAAGAGAACAAACAGCAGGUUGAGAGAAAAAGGCACAUUGGAAAUGACAUUGUUACCAUAGUAUUCCAGGAAGGGGAUGAUGCAUCAUCGUCCUUCAAACCAUCUAUGAUCCGAUCACACUUCACCCAUAUUUUUGCAUUAGUUAGGUAUAAUAGCCAGAAUGACAGUUACAGGUUGAAGAUUUUCUCAGAGGAGAGCGUUCCACUGUUUGGACCCCCUCUACCAUCUCCGCCUGUAUUUACUGAUCACCAAGAAUUCAGGGACUUUUUAUUAGUCAAAUUAAUCAAUGGAGAGAAAGCCACACUGGAGACGCCAACGUUUGCCCAGAAGCGUCAGCGAACUCUUGACAUGUUGAUCCGCUCGCUCUACCAAGAUCUUAUGCCUGACUUACACAAGGUUCCUUUUUCUCCCCAGAAUAUGUUAAACCGACGGUCAUUCAGCGAUGUGCUGCCUGAGUCUCCAAAGUCAGCACGAAAAAAAGAGGAGGCCCGGCAAGCUGAAUUUGUCAGAAUAGGGCAGGCUCUGAAGCUGAAGACCAUCGUAAGAGGAGAUGCGCCAACCAGCCUUGUUACCACUGGCCUGUGCAGAAAAGAGCCAUGGGAGUCCCAGUCAUUCUGCAGCACAUUCCCUUAUGAGAUUGUGUGCGCUGAUUCCUGGGGUCAGUCUCUGCUUGUUGCCACUGAUACAGCAGGGGUCGUGCUGCUGGACGGGCCUGAUCCAGCAUUGUCCAGCACUGAGAUACAGACUCUUCCCCCGGUGCAGGUGUUUGACAAAACAAUGGCAGUAAAGCAGAUGCAUGUUCUUGAGCCUCAGGACCUACUGAUCACUCGAGCUGACAAAGGGAAGGACGCUCGGCUCCAUGUGUUCAGACUCAGUGCGAUCAAGAGAGGUCUGGAGGAAAGGCAGCUCAUCAGAAGCAAAUGUGACUGCCGGGAGAAUAAACUAGAGAAAACAAAAGGUUGUCAUUUAUACUCAAUCAACACCCACCAUGGCUCAGAGCUGAGAAUAGUAGCAGCCAUCAGGACCAAACUCCUCCUCAUUACCAGAAAACAUCCACGUUUCAGCGCUGUCACCACAGGAGCAGACUCUCCAGUGGAAGAGUUUCAGUACAUACGGGAAAUCUGUCUAUGUGACCCGCCCGUGGUGAUGGCGCUGGUGGAUGGUCCAACAGGGGAAAAUGACAACAUGAUUUGUGUGGCAUACAAACAUCAGUUUGACCUGAUCAAUGAGAGCACCGGGGACGCAUAUCGGCUACAUCACGUCGACGCCAACAGGGUAAACUUUGUAGCAGCCAUUGAUGUGUAUGAAGAUGGGGAGGCAGGUCUGCUUUUGUGUUACAACUAUAUUUGUUACUAUAAGAAAGUUUGUCCAUUCAACGGCUCCACACCAAUGAUCCAGUCCAAUACCCCUGAUUUCCACUUCAGCUGGAACCAGAUGCCCAAUGCAAUUGUUUGUGCUUUCCCUUACAUCCUGGCCUUCACGACAGACUCCAUUGAGAUCCGACUGGUUGUCAAUGGAAACCUUGUGUACACAGCAGUGGUCCCAGAGCUACAGCUGGCUGCUUCACGGUCGGAUAUCUAUUUUGUCUCGUCGGCGCCAGUGAGCUCAGCCUCCAACUGCAGUUCAAGAGACACCAGUUCUCAGAGUUCCCCACAGACACCCACCGGUUAUGAGAUGCCCGUGUUUCCUUCGCCACUCGGUGAUGAUUCUAUACGGAUCCCCUAUGGUACCAAGCUUUCCCUGUACAUGUCUAAGGAUGCUGAAGGUGAAGCAACAUGUAAGCACAUCUUUAAGAUCCCUCUGUGUAACUUGGUGGGCCGCAGCAUUGAAAGACCCCUGAAGUCUCCUCUAGUCAACAAAGUGCUGACUGCACCCGCCCCUGCAAUGGUGCCCCCAACCCCGCUCAUCUCUGCAACACAUUCACUGUCCUUGUCUCGCAUGGAGAUCAAAGAGAUUGCCAGCCGCACAAGGAAAGAGCUGCUCGGUUUGACAGAGGAGCCAAGUGGAAAAUCAGACAGUGGAUCAGUCAAACAGAGAAAAAUGAGCAAGAAAAGUACUGAUGAGGAGCCUAAAGUACGAGCGCUGACAUCAACAAACAGUGACAGGUUAGCGUCAGAGUCCGCUGAAGAAGACUUGGAUGUCCAGUUGCACUGUUCGUCCAGUCUGGAGGCAGAGCCGGAGAAAGGGGUGCUGCAGGUUGAGACUUCACCUCUUGCCACUGCUUUUACCCUGUCCACAUCAUUCGAAGAAGAUAUCCUGGACCUAAAGUGAAGACAAUCCCAUUGUGCACUUCUCCGCUCACCCACUCUUGUACAGUCACCAUUAUUUUUUUGUUUUAAGUAUUUUACCCCCCUUUUUUUUUCUUUUCCUUUUUUUUCCAACAAUUGGUGGGGUGUGAGUGGAAGACAUGUCCGAGUGUGUGUUUGUUUUUUGUGAGCAGUCCCUCAGCCAGUAUGUGUUGGGUGUUUGUGUUGACCUGGGGCAAAUAACCCAAAGAGGCGGUGAGGUUGUGUGAUAUGCUGCAGUCUGCAGCAGUUUUGAGAUAACAAUUUAACCACAAACCGCAAACUGAAUGUAAAUCUGCGCUCCAAC